UUUGCUAGCCUGAUUUGCUAGUUGUUAUCCUCUUUCACACCUCUUUCACACAUUGGAAGCAGCCUUAAUCACUCUCUUCCGCAAUUUUGUGAUCCUUCAUACGUCCGCAAUCGGAAACAUCAUACCCACCGCGCCGUAACCCAUCGAUUAGCCCUUCCGUGUAACCACGCCAUGAGUACAGACGAUUUCCACAGCAUCGCGCCAAACGACUUGAAGGGCCAGCCGCACUUGAGCUACAAUAUCGUGCACAACCCUGACGGUACGUCCCACGCGACCGUCAUACAAAUGAACCGCGAGCCCGGCGGCGUGCGCGAGGGCCAUAUCAAACACCACUUCUACAACGAAAAUAUUGCCGCGCUCUUGCGCAUAGUCACGGCGCAAAACCCGUUUCACGAUGACAGUAAGUGGGAUGCCGUGUCGCAGCAGUACAAUACGUGGACAUUCGAGCACCAGCCGUCGCGCCAGUUUGCCAAGAAGGACUACGUCGAGAGAAAGGUUAAGGAGUUGAUCAAAAAGUACUCGAGUGAAAAAGAAAAGGGAGACGACGACGAGGGUGAAAAGGAAAAGCAUGAUGGUGAUGAUGGUGUCACUGAGGACUCUGAAAUGGGAGAGUUGAAGAAGCUGUUGUUGCACAUCUACCUGUUGUCCUUGAGCACCAAGAAGCGCCGGCGCUACGUCGAUGACCUGAUGAGGCGAAACUCCAGCCAGCGGCCGUCGGUCUCGAGUGAGAUGCAGAGGUCGUCGAUAUCCCACGAGAUCCAGAGGUCGUCGAAAUCCAAUGAGAUGCAGAAUCCUGGCUCACCUGUCACGAUACCCAGCCAGAUGGGGUACAAGUACAUGCCAAAUUCAACGUUCUUUGAGCAACAACCACAGCAGAGGACGUCCACAGCCGACCCCAAUUCACGCAUCUUGACCAUGUCACCCACUACCCCCAACAUGAGUCGCGACGCGUUUGCCUCCACCAUGCCGUCUUCUGGCUUCGAGAACUCGCCGUUCCAGAAACCGCAACACCAUUCGCCUUCGCAGAAACGCAGACACCCAGAGCAGACCAAGGAGCAGAACAUUCAGCAGAGCAUCCAGCAGCACCAUCAGCAGCAGCAAAGGUUGCUAGCCUCACGCUCCAAGCCCGUGCAGGCGACACAGUCUACGCAGGCAAUUUUCGGCACGGCCAACCCAUACGAGGCGGUGCUUGCAGCCCAGCCGCCACUGACGUCGCCGUCCAAGUUCCAAGAGUUGCUUUUGGAGAUGAACCGUGAGUACCGAAAGUCGUUACAGGACAGCUAUCAGGUGUUGUGUGCGAGCCUUACCGAGUCGCAGCGGAAUGCCAACCAGGCGUUGAUGCAGAUGAUGCAGGUAAGCCCUGCCGACUCGUUCCAGUCCCCGGAGGACUACUAUGAUCCGUCCGGGAGGAAUGGAAAAUAAGGUGCUAGUUUUCUUGCUAUGCUUUUGCGUCUCAAGUGAAAUUGUUUUAUAUCAAACCGUGUAGACUUGGUAGAUUGUAGACCUGUUGUGGUUACGGAGGUUGAAAGAAGAAAAGAUUUAAUCCGAGA